AUGAACGCUGGUAUCCUGGGCACAUUACUCCACCAGCUCCCAUAUCAGUUCCACGGUCUCCCCGUGCUGUCGACCAUCUUCUUCAUGCUCGACCUCGUCUUGUACAUCUUCUUCUCGGCCAUCUACAUCCUGCAUUUUGCGCUCUUCCGGCGGCGGGCGUACGACGAACUCGUCAACAGUGUCGCCGACUUGUGCCUCUUCCCCUGCUGGUCCAUCGCGUUCAUGACGCUAGUUUCGUUCGUCGCGCUCACAGUGACCCACGCGUCGUGGGCGGGCCCCGGAUUCACGAUCCUCGCCUGUGUCAUGUGGUGGAUCGCUGCGGCGUGGGUGUACGCGAUGCUGGUCUUUGCCUUUGUCAUCCUCAUCCAGAAGCACACGAUUCUUGACCGCCAGUUGCCCACUCUGGUCAUCAUCCCCGCCGUCGGGGUGGCCACGCUGGCGGCCAUCGGCGGCGUCAUCGCCUGCUUCGCGCACGACAUCUCCGCGGGCCUGGCCGUGCCGAUCAUCCUCAUGUCCAUCUGCGCCGUCGGCGUGGGCAUCAUCCUCGGCAUGAUGCUGUACACGUACCUGUUCCACCAGCUGUUGGCGAAGGGCUGGCCCGCGCCGCCCCAGACAGCCACGCUGUUCAUCCUCGUCGGGCCCGUGGGACAGUCGGCCGCGGCGCUACAACUGAUCGGGCGCGCGGCCGACACGUCGGGCCACUUCGCAGCCUAUGGUAAGGGAUUCCUCCUGGCUGGGGACGCCGCCUACUCGCUGCACGUGGCCUGCCUGUUACUCGCGCUCCUGAUGACCGGCCUCGGGGCCGUGUGGCUGGCUUUUGCAUUCUGCGCCAUGAUCGACCGCGCGUACCACAGGCAGCUGGUCUGGGCGCCGACAUGGAACGCCGUCAUCUUCCCGACCGCCACGUUGGCGACGUCGACGCUGCUGCUCGGCUCCGAGUUGGACUCGCCGUUCUUCAGAGUCGUCACCGUCAUCCUGGUCGUGUUCCUGGUUUUGGUCUUCUUCGUCAAUGUGGCGUUUACACUGCGCGGGAUAUUCACGGGCCAGCUCCUCAUUGUAAGAGACGACCCGCGCGCCAAAGGGCAGCUGGACGAGAGGCCAAAGGCUAGCUAG